CUACGCUCCGGAUCCCUCCAACCCGCACAACAACUAACGACCGCAGCGCCGCGCCGAAUUUCCCCCUCGACGACGACUCUACACAUCAAUCAUCAUGGCUGACCGUGCUCGUGGCGGUGGUUUCGGAUCCCGAGGUGGUGACCGCGGUCGUGGCCGUGGCCGUGGUCGUGGCCGUCGCGGCGGCAAGAGCGAGGAGAAGGAGUGGCAGCCCGUCACCAAGCUUGGCCGAUUGGUCAAGGCCGGCAAGAUCAACAGCAUGGAGGAGAUCUACCUGCACUCUCUGCCCAUCAAGGAGUUCCAGAUUGUCGACAACUUCCUGCCCAAGCUCAAGGACGAGGUCAUGAAGAUCAAGCCCGUCCAGAAGCAGACCCGUGCCGGUCAGCGCACGCGCUUCAAGGCCGUUGUCAUCAUUGGCGACUCUGAGGGCCACGUCGGUCUCGGCAUCAAGACCUCCAAGGAAGUCGCGACCGCCAUCCGCGCCGCCAUCAUCAUCGCCAAGCUCUCCGUCAUCCCCGUCCGCCGCGGCUACUGGGGCACCAACCUCGGUCAGCCUCACUCUCUGCCCUGCAAGCAGAGCGGCAAGUGCGGUUCCGUCACCGUUCGCCUGAUCCCUGCCCCCCGUGGUACUGGCCUCGUUGCCUCCCCCGCCGUCAAGCGCUUCCUCCAGCUCGCCGGUGUCGAAGACGCCUACACCUCGUCCGCCGGUUCCACCAAGACGCUCGAGAACACCCUCAAGGCCGUCUUCGUCGCUGUCUCCAACACGUACGGCUUCCUGACCCCCAACCUCUGGAAGGAGACCAAGCUGCUGCGGAGUCCCCUGGAGGAGUUUGCCGACACCCUGCGCGAGGGCAAGCGGUACUAGAGAAAGGGAGAAGCGUGUGGGUGGCAACGUGUUGACGAAACCCGGUGCGCGGAGUCUCGAUUCAUUGUGUUUCAUUGCAUGGUCGGUUGGCCGGUGGGGGCAACCGAUCCUGGCCCUCGAGAUAUAAUGGUCACGGUCUAAAUGAUUACCAAAAUUCAUUCCA